AUGGAAACCGCAAUUAGGGAAAAGGCAUGCAAUUCUGACAUGUGGGACUGGGUGUUAAUAGAUGAGGCACAGGAUGUUACUAUUCUGCACGAGGCCCUUAUCAAACAAAUCCGGGCGAGGCAUUGGAUAAUUGCCGGAGACCCACGGCAGGAGUUGUACCCAGGAGCCACAUGGUUCUCGCAUUUGUGGGCGGAGAUUGGUCCCCGUGAAAAGAUAUACUUACGAUACAACCAUCGUUCCCGAAAAAAUAUAGUGAAGCUUUUGAACUGGUUCAAUGACACAUUCUUCCCCGGACUUAACCUUCUGCACCAGAUUCCCACUAGGGAGGGGGGUGGAGAGAUCCACAUAGUAGGAGCCAGCGAAAUCCAUACAGAGGAGGGCUUUAGUGUUGCAGAACGAAUGAGUAAUUAUUCCCCUGGAGACGCAUAUGCCAUCGGACCAGUGACGAUUAAGAAAUUCAAAAUGCGAGAGGUAAUCACUGCUCUUCGAGAAGGACUCCAUAGGAAAAAUCCGGAAGCCAAAAUAGAAAUCUUUGAUAGAGAAGAGAUUCAGUCGAGCACUACUGCCGACAUGGAUCCUAAUGCGUAUGUGAUAGGUACCUCGUAUAUGUUCAAAGGAACAGAACGAGAAUGUGUGGUAGUACUGCGACCUAAUGCCCACUAUUAUACUGGCGGAAUCACCAAGGAAUGCCUCCUAAAACUGUUGUAUGUCGCUAUUUCCCGUGCCAAAAGUGACCUCCUGAUCAUAUUCCAGGGGGAGACGCAACCCUUUCCAUUAUUUAACACCAUCCCGAGAGAAAUAGUAUGCGGGCGAUUUAUCCCACCCAGAGUAUGGUUGAUGAGCGUACCCGUGCAGAGCAUAUUUGGGGUGAAAGAGGACCCAGCUAGUCUAGGGGCAUGGAGCCACCUGUUUACAGUGUCAGAAGAACAAACCAGUGCACCCAUAAUAGAUAUUCCUGUUCACAAUGACUCUGAUUUCGUGGGAUGCUUUGUAGAAGCGCUUGUCGCAAAAUCCCUCGGCAUCCAGUGGAAAUCACUGAAAAUCUCCCUAAGCACCUCCCGUAGCAGUCUCCAGCACUGUAAACCAGGGAUAUACCAGUUACGUGCCGGAGAGUACUAUGCCGUUCUACAACCAUGGAUGCAGUGGAACUCACAGCGUAUCAGUAAAUUUGUAUCUUCGUUCAAUAUUCAGCCCGAAUAUAACUUUGCUCAGCUGGAAUUUAGCAUUUCUGCUGGGACACAGUGGACUGUCUCUUCUCGGCUAAAAUCGUUUACCCCUUCUGUUUUGCAGCUGGCACAGACUACACAGACUAUUCGUGCUAUUCUUGGCGCACAAGAACUCGAGUACCAAAAGAUUGUCAUUAUGGAGAUAACCCCCACCGUUCUGCACGCAGCCCACAACGGGACACUCUUGAAUACGAGAGAUGGUAGACAGUGGUUCUUACAGGUCUCUCCGUCAUCUAAUGCUUAUGUGAAUGACGUUGCUAGGGCUCUCAUCGCACUGAAAUCCUCUACUGCCGCAAUAUUGAGCAUUCGAAAUAAUCGUUUAGUCCACCGCCCCAAAAGUCCCGCAUAUGUUGCAGUAGAUGUACUGGUACUACACGACGCUGAUAAUGAGUUUCCUGUAGAAAUCGGAGGCAUUGUUUUUGCACCGGGCACCAAUAACAUUUACUCUGUGUUCCACAAAACAUUGGACGGUGUAGUUGAAGACAGGGAAGAGUUUUCUGGGCUACGCAUUCUGGACCGUAGUAGGCUCGCUACCUCCUUUACGCAGACGAUUACUAGUCUCCAUGAAUGGAUCAAAACCGUUGCACCGUUAGGCACUUUACUUUUCUGGGGCCCAACAAACUACGACUUAAUUUGUGUCCACUUGAGUGAUUAUGAGUGUAUUGAUAUUAAAGAAUACUAUUUGUACUGGAAUGCAAACUCAGGCUCGAAAAAAGGGGAAAAACAAACAGAUGAUACGUUAAUAGAAGCUACAUGGAAGAUGAAUAAUAGACUAAUGUCGACAAAAAAAUGGAGUGAAAUUAGUCUUCAGACCUUCCUUCGGAAGUGGAGGAGGAGGUUCUACUUCGUACCUUUCAGGUCCUACGGACUAAUUCGAGAGGUUAUAGGAGAUCUGCUCCUAUGGGUACGAAGUAGAACAGUCCGUAUACAAGAAAAGUCCACCGCAACAUGA